AUGAAGGCGAACUACCUUUCCUUCGUCACGCUCUCCCUUCUCGGCCUGGCCUCCGCCCAAGGUCUUGCGGUAGAAUCCUAUAACCGGAAACCCCUCAUCGACUCUCGCGCCCUUCAACGCCUCGUUACCCGACGUGCCCUCGUGCGCCACGCCCGAAAGCUGCAAUCAUUCGCUGAACUCUCGCCCCGCCAGCCAAACCGUGCCUUCGGAUCGCCAGGGCACAACGCGACCAUCGAAUACAUCAAGGAAUUGUUGGACAAGACUGGGUACUACGACACUCGAUACGAGAGUCUCCCUUACACCUACUCGGAAUCGAGUUCCAACUUCCGGAUUGAGAGCGGAGAAAGUGUGGAGGCGUUGCCGACCAAGAGCUUUUUCUAUGCUCCGAGUGGAAAUGUGUCCGCCCCUCUGGUCGCGUUGGAGGAGUUUGGGUGUCUUCCCGAACACUUCCCCGAAUCUGUCGCAGGCAAAAUAGUCCUCAUCGAGCGGGGCGAGUGCAUCUACGGCAUCAAGGUAGCCCUAGCAGGCGCUGCCAAUGCAGCAGGCGUCAUCGUAUACAACGACGUCGACGCCGAGUUCGCGGGCGGCUCUCUUGGUGGUGUGAGCCGUCCUGAAGGGCCGUACGUCCCUGUUGGCUCCAUCUCUGGCCUUAACGGUCGUCGGCUCAAGGCAAGACUUGAUUAUGGGGAAGAAAUCUUGGGGCAUCUGGACGCAUUUGGUCUGGUCGAAGAACGAUGGUCGAGCAACUUGAUCGCGGAGAGCAAGUACGGUGACAAGAAUAACGUCGUCUUCAGUGGCUCUCAUGCGGACUCUGUGCCGGCAGGACCUGGUAUCAACGAUGACGGCUCCGGCACAAUCGCCAACCUCGAGGUCGCCCUCCAACUAACCAACUUCCGCCUCAACAACGCUGUUCGCUUUGCUUGGUGGACAGCUGAAGAGUUCGGUCUCGUCGGCUCUACCUACCACAUUCGCAACGCCUCGCCAUCCUACCUAUCAAAGAUUGCUCUCUACCUCAACUUCGACAUGAUCGCCUCCCCGAAUUCCGGCUUCUUCAUCUACGAUGGCGAUGGCGAUACUUUCCAACGACCCGGUCCUGAGGGCAGCGCGCAGAUUGAGAGGCUGUAUGAGGAUUAUUAUAGGGAACGGAAGUUGAAGAGUGCUCCUUCGAACUUCACGGGCAGGAGUGACUACGGUCCAUUCUUGGAAGUCGGUAUUCCAGCUGGUGGUGUAUUCACAGGUCACGAGGGUGUGAAGACGAAGGAGGGUGUUGAAUGGUGGGGAGGCCAGGAAGGCGUCGUCUACGAUCAAUGCUACCACGCUGUCUGCGAUACCUUUGACAACCUCCGCCUCGAAACCUUCGAAGUCAACGCGCAAGCUGUCGCACACGGUAUCGCGACGUACUCGAGGUCACUCCGGGGCUUCCCAUUCCCUCGACCUGAGUUCCGAAUCGCACAAGAUCAACCACUACACGUCGAGACCCUCUCCUACGAAGAAAGGCGUCACUAUGGGUGCAAUCACCACCAUGAAGUCUCUUGGGAGUAA